AGAGAGAGAGAGAGAGAGAGAGAGAGAGAGAGAGAGAGAGAGAGAGAGAGAGAGAGAGAGAGAGAGAGGCGAUGGGUGGAGCUAUUUGAGUAGGGGCGUGACCAAGUAACUGUCACUCACUGGUGGUUGCCAUGGCGAGCGGGCGGUCCUGAACAGCGGGGCAUCCAAUAGGAGACGACGCUGCUUGUGUCACCAUGGUGACGGGGCUGUGCCCAGGGAGGUUGUGAUGGGUUGACAGGUGCGUGACAAUCGGAGCUCUCUGCAAGCAUGUACGCCAAAGGCAAGAGUAGCAACGUGCCGUCCGACAGCCAAGCCAGAGAAAAGUUAGCUCUGUAUGUGUACGAGUACCUGCUGCAUGUAGGCGCACAAAAGUCAGCACAGACCUUCCUCUCAGAGAUCCGAUGGGAGAAGAACAUCACAUUAGGAGAACCUCCGGGGUUCCUCCACUCAUGGUGGUGUGUUUUCUGGGACCUGUACUGUGCAGCUCCAGAGAGAAGAGACUCAUGCGAACACUCCAGUGAGGCCAAGGCCUUCCAUGACUAUAGUGCUGCAGCAGCUCCCAGCCCCAUCCUUGGGAACCUUCCCCCAGGAGAGGGCAUGCCAGUGGGGCCGGUCCCUCCAGGAUUCUUUCAGCCGUUCAUGUCACCUCGAUACCCCGGAGGACCCAGACCUCUCAGAUUACCCAAUCAGGGACUUGGAGUCCCAGGUAGCCAGCCUAUGUUACCCAGUGGAAUGGACCCCACAAGACAGCAAGGACAUCCAAAUAUGGGAGGACCAAUGCAGCGGAUGACUCCACCCAGAGGAAUGGUACCGCUUGGGCCCCAGGGCUAUGGAGGUGGGAUGAGACCACCGUUAAACGCCCUGGUUGGUCCUGGGAUGCCUGGCAUGAACAUGGGACCUGGUGGGGGUAGACCCUGGCCAAAUCCUCCAAACUCCAAUUCGACCCCUUACUCUUCUGCCUCUCCAGGAAGUUAUGUGGGACCUCCAGGAGGAGGGGGGCCACCUGGGACCCCAAUAAUGCCAAGUCCAGCAGAUUCGACCAACUCUGGCGACAACAUGUACACUAUGAUAAACGCAGUCCCACCAGGUGGAAGCCGACCAAAUUUUUCUCCUCAGUUCCCUAUGGGUGCAGGUGGCGACGGUCCAUUAGGGGGAAUGGCUGGAAUGGAGCCCCAUCACAUGAAUGGAUCGUUAGGUACAGGAACAAGUAGCUUGUACAGGUCAGGUGAUAUGGACAGUCUCCCCAAGAACUCUCCUGGUAACCUAAGUAUGAGUAACCAGCCCGGGACCCCCAGAGAGGAUGGAGAGAUGGGAGGAAACUUCCUUAACCCUUUUCAAAAUGAAAGUUAUUCUCCAAACAUGACGAUGAGCGUGUGAAGGCUCUGGAAGCAGGUUUGGUUCAGUCGCCCAGUAACCUGGUGUGGAUCAGUGAAAAGCAGAGGGACAGGAUAUGAUGUCAUCUAGGCCAGUGACUCUUCCUCCACCACAACCUGCCUAGUCAGGACAGUCGCCCCAGGCUCCGUCCUCCUACAAACCCCCCCCCCCCCCCCCCCAACCCACCCCUCCAUUGUUUCUGUCCACAUCUCUUCUCUCCUGUUUCUUCUCCCGUUCUAAGUGGUGACUUUGAUACAUUCAUCAGUUCUUCCUCUGCAACUAUGAGACUGUACAAAGGAAUCAAAUUUAAACAACCCGGAGGAGAACUCUUUGUAUAUUUGCAUACCGUGUGUAUGAGACUGUGCACACUCAAGUAACAGACAGACAUGUCUGCCCUUUGUCUGCCUUUUGUUCAUGCCCAAAAGCAAAUGGUCAGUAUCCUAUUUAUGCUAAAGUUUAAAUUUUCAAGGAUUUUAAAGACACUUUUUGAUUGAUGGUCAAAUUUCAUUUGGUAAUUUCUCGACAAAUUAAUGUUUGUUUCUGAAGGAGAAUUGGAGAGACAUUACAAUCCGGAUACCCCAAGGUUUAUUUGAGGCUUGUGCAGAUAUUUGUCUUUUAAACUAAAUCCUCAAACAUUGUGUUUUAUGUUUUAUACUAUGGGUCGUUUUUUUUCUUUUCUUUUUUGUAUUCCAAAACAUUUGGCUUCGGGACAACCUGAAAUAUUUGUCAGCAUUUUGAAUUUGAAGUCAAGAGCUUUGUUCGAGGCUUAAAGCGAGACUAUGUUCCUUUGGUUAAACAGUACGACCGGCCACACCAGACCAAGGCUGUAAAAUCUAAAUCCCCGAGUGUGCUGAAUAGAUGCAAUGCUGAGUUUUAGUACUUCUGAAUUGAACUUUCUUUGUGAGAGGAAGAAUAUGUUACUUAUUCUUUCAAACGUUAUUUUAGUCUCGCUUUAAAUCAGAUCAUGUCGUGCUGAGAGAGCAGUGAGGAUAACACUGGGCACAAAGGUUUUGUCAUAACAAACU